AAUAAUAAAAAUAGGAGAGAGUAUGUGUAAGACCUCAUUUUGAGUUUUGAGUUAUUGAUAUACUUNAAUUACAUCAUAAAUUAAAACAUAGAGUGGAGCCCGCACACCCGGAAUUAAAUCAUAGAAACGGUUCAUUUUACCUUAACCCAGUGUAGAAAAGCUCACCGAAAAAAAAGGGCUCUCGGCACAACUGUGGUGAAAAAUCCAUGGCCGGAAACCAGCAAUUGCCCGAAACCAUCGUCCUCGGCCCACCACACGUUUUCCAAACCCACGCCGACGCCUUCUCCUCCAGGUUCCGCCUCCUGAAGCCGUGGGAAUCGCCGCUGCCCCUGGCCCAAUUCCUUCGAGCCCAGGCCCAGAAUACGCGGGCCGCCCUCUGCGCCGGCUUCUUCCCGCUCCCCGCCACCGUGCUCCAGGACCUCCCCUCCCUCGGCCUGGUGGUCACCACCAGCGCCGGCCUCGACCACAUAGAUCUGGCCGAGUGCCGCCGCCGCGGCGUCGCCGUGGCCUAUGCCGCCGAUAUAUUCUCCGCCGACGUGGCGGACCUCGCGGUGGGGCUCCUCCUCGACGUCAUGCGGAGAAUCGGCGCCGCAGAUCGGUUCGUGAGAAACGGGCUUUGGCCCGAGAAAGGAAUCUAUCCUCUUGGGUACAGGUUAGGAGGCAAACGAGUUGGAAUCGUGGGCUUAGGCAACAUAGGACUCGAGGUCGCGAAGCGACUCGAACCAUUCGGCUGCCGCAUUUCGUACCACUCGAGAAACAAGAAGCCCUCCAUCCCAUACACAUUCUAUCCCGACAUCCUCAAACUAGCUGUCGAAUCUGACGCACUCGUCAUAUGUUGCGCGCUAACCGAGCAAACUCGACACUUGAUCAACCGAGACGUGCUCUUGGCAUUGGGUAAGGAGGGCUUCAUCGUAAAUAUUGCGCGUGGGCCCGUGAUUGACGAGAAGGAAUUGGUGGCAUGCUUGCAAGCGGGUGAGAUUGGUGGGGCCGGGUUGGAUGUGCUUGAAAACGAGCCUCGUGUCCCGAACGAGUUUUUGGAGCUCGACAAUGUUGUCGUGACGCCGCAUGUUGGUGUCUACACUGGGGAGUCGUGCGAGAAAAUGUUUGAGAUUGUAUGGGGGAAUUUGGAGGCGUUUUUCGACAAUAAGCCUUUGAUCACUCCAGUUAUGGAGUGAAAGUGUGUUUUUAGAGUCAUCUUGUGGGGAUGGGAUGUUGUUUGAAGGUUUUUGUUGAUUGAUAUGUGUGAUUUCAUUUGGAUGAUUGAUCUGUCUUGUUGCUUUGAGAGGUUGAUCACACGAUAUAAUUAGGAGUUGGAGUUGAUAAACCCUUGGAAUGGAUUACAUAUGAGCUCAUUCGACAUUCCAAGCCCAAAGUGUAUGCAUUAUUAUCAUUUUUAUUUACACAUGUAUUAAGUAUUAACUCUAAUUUUUUAUUUUUA